AUGUGCAGUGUCCAGGCGGUGCGGGAUCUGAUCCCUCUCUUCCUGAUGAAGGCUGGGGACUUUAGCUCCGCCCUCUCCUCCUUCUUCUCUCCGCCCCCUGGGGUCUGCUGCCCCGUCUGCCGCCUAACGCCUCGCCUCUUCACCCUCUACCUACGCAUCAUCACCACGGCAACCGCGCCCAGCGCCACCGCUGCCAUUGCAACGCAGCCCCUCUCUCCCGACACUCCCUGGGAGGAGGUCAAAGGUGCUGUGGUUCCCAGGCAGGUCGAGGUGGUGAAGUUUGGCCUGAGGGUUCUGAAGAGCAACAUGGCUGUCUACAAGGACUCUCAGAGUUGGGCAUACUUUCUCCACGUGCUCAAUUCUCCUGCUGGUCCUCCUGACCCUGCCUUUCUGACGGAGGCGAGAAACGUUACCAUGGAGAUCCUGCUGAACCAGGGAUCUCUGGGACACCUCAUCCAGAUCCCACGGACCUUCCUGAUGGUGUAUCCAGACCAGGCCCUGUUGCUAUUGAUAACUCAGGCUCUGGCGCUACGGAUCCUCCACGAACCUUUGACCCCCGCUCUACCCGUCCUCAACUAUUACAAGGGUCAUGUGUGGGCCUUGAGGUGGCUUGUUGGGCUGCUGUCUUCGUCUCCUGGAACACUGGAAUCCUUCCUCAGAGGGGUAGCAGUGGAGCUGCACAACACUGAUGGAUCCCAGCUGUCGCCCUCCUCCUUCCCUUCUUCCUCCCUCAAAGACCAGCCUGACCCCUUCUUCUACUACCUCACAGACUUAAUCAGAGAGACUCUGUCUGUAAUCCCGGACUGCAGCAGACUGGACCUGGAUCAGACUGGAGUGUGACUCAGACUGUGUGUGUGUGUGUGUGUGUGUGUGUGUGUGUGUGUGUGUGUGUGUGUGUGUGUGUGUGUGUGUGUGUGUGUGUGUGUGUGUGUGUGUGUGCGACAACAUCUCUGAACACGUGGAAGCAACGAAGAAGAGGACAAUGAUAAUAAUGUGUUUAUCAGACUGUUAAUAAGACCGUUUGUGCCUUUUUUUUCUACAAAUAAACAGAUUAUUUUAUUUAUCCGUAUCACCGGAGUAAGUCUAUGCGGUGUAAAACGUGUGAGAGUAUAAAUAGUGUGUUUUGGCUGUUGUA